GAAAACCCAAGAUCACCGCCUCCCGCAAACUCCUGCUGAAGAGCCUGAUGCUGGCCAAGGCCAAGGAGUGCUGGGAGCAGGAGCACGAGGAGCGGGAGGCCGAGAAGGCUCGCUACCUGGCUGAGCGCAUCCCUACACUGCAGACCCGCGGCCUGUCGCUCAGCGCCCUGCAGGACCUGUGUCGGGAACUGCAUGCCAAGGUGGAGGUGGUGGACGAGGAGAGAUAUGACAUUGAGGCCAAAUGUCUGCACAACACCAGGGAGAUCAAGGACCUGAAGCUCAAGGUGCUGGACCUGCGCGGGAAGUUCAAGCGUCCGCCGCUGCGGCGGGUCCGCGUCUCGGCCGACGCCAUGCUGCGCGCCCUGCUGGGCUCCAAGCACAAAGUGUCCAUGGACCUGCGCGCCAACCUCAAGUCUGUGAAGAAAGAGGACACAGAGAAGGAGCGGCCUGUGGAGGUGGGUGACUGGAGGAAGAACGUGGAGGCCAUGUCCGGGAUGGAAGGCCGGAAGAAGAUGUUCGAUGCGGCCAAGUCCCCAACCACCCAGUAGAGGCAGCUGGUCGAGCUGUGCCCUGGGCUCCCUUCUCACUUCUUCCUCCGGCUUGGCUCACCUACCCAGCCUGCGUCCCGCCCGCACUUCGGAGCAUCCCACCCUGUUCCCUCGCCUCCCCUCCAGCCUGAGCGCCCUCCUGCGGGACUGGGGCUAGCAGACGCACGGGAGGGGGACAGCAGCGUCUGAAGACCUCACCUGGCCGGUGGGCUCCCUGGGGCUCCCGGCCCGCCGUGGCGCAGCCAGUCUGAGAGGAGGCGCUGCACCCCUCGCGAUGCACGUCGCGUGCCCGCAGGCAUCACAGCCCCUCCAUUAAAAUCAGUGUCCUGGUCA